AUGUCUGCGAGGGAAAUUAUUUUGGAUGGUGGUUCUCCAUGGGGAUUUAGAAUACAUGGAGGUUGUGAUCUCGGAAUGCCAAUUAAAAUAUCAAGGGUGAAUCCGGGGAGUAAAGCAGCUCUCAAAGGGAUAAGAGAAGGUGAUAUAAUAAGUUCGAUAAAUGGAACAUCGACGAAAAAUAUAAGAAAUCGUGGAGCUCACAGCCUUUUGAGAAACGCCGGAGAACAACUCAGAUUGAGUUUAAACGAGGAUGGUUUGUCGUCUCCGAGGCGGAAAAUGAAACAAACAACUGUAACGACGGUUUUCACAGAAGAACCGAUGUGUCCAUCUCGAUGUACGGGAGACGUCGACUCAAAUAAGGAUUUUCAAUUGGAAAAUGAAAAGGAAAGGAAAAAAAGGGGAGAUGUGAAAAUAAAUGGCGGAACGAAAAAAAAAAAAUCGAACAGGUUACGGGAAGUUAUAAAAACGCUGAAAUUUUUAGCAUUCGGAAGAGGAGGAACGAAAAAGGAGGGAGCGACGAGGGGUCGUUGUCAAAAAAAUGUUGACGCGAAAUCGUUCCGGAAAACCCGAGGGAUAAAAAAAAAUCGGGACGAGGAAAAGACAAAAGGAAAUUUGGAAGACUGUAAAAAUUUGAAAACCGUCGUCGUUGUAAGAGAUUUAAAAAGGAGUCCGAAAAAUUACGGGAUUAGGGGAAGGGAAAAAAAAAUCCCUAGGGAAAAUGGUAAAAAAUCACCGCCGGAAAAACCUAAAAGAAACAAUUGGAAAAAAUUAGAAAGCGAUCGUAAAAGUCCCGUUUUUGGUGUCGUUAGAAAAACCGUCGGGAAAACGAGUCCGGUCGUAUCCUACAGGAACAGGAACAGUCCUUUAAAAUCCAGAAAAUUUAAAAGUGGUAAAAGGUUGAAUAAUUUUUUUCUUAACGAAACGUCUUUUCUAUCGUCGAUAGCAGAAGAAAGUUCUCCACCAUCGGGAUCGGAAACUGUUACGACGACACGUACCAUACACGUGAGAAAAUACGAAGAUAAGGGUGAAAAUAACGUUACGGAAAAAGUUCAAGCUCAAAUUCACGCAGAAGAAUCAAACAAACAAACGAGGGAAAUAAAACAAAACGAAAAAGAAAACGGUGAUUUCCUCUCGGGGAUAAAUGAUCGUGACCCGUGUAUCAAAAAAGAGAAAAAACUCGCUUUCGAAGCUACGAAAAUUAAAAAAGUCGAAGAAGAAUCGGUGGAAAACGACGGAGCGGAAAAUUCGGGAGAAAUGAUAACAACAAUGGAAAAAACGUCAAAUCAAACGAAGGAAAAUGAAAAUUUAAACGAUGGAAAAACGAAUUCAAAUGAUGGAUUGGGAUCGGAAAAGGAAGAAAAUGUCGGCGAUGGAAAGGAAAAAGAAAAACUUUCGGAGAAAAAAGAUGAAAAGUCGACGGUUGAGGUUGGCAAAAACAACAGCGAAACAAAAGAUUCGGAAAAGAUUAAACGAACGUCGUCGUCGUCGUCAUCACCCGUUCAUUCACCAAAUUUAAAUAGGAAACAUUUCGAAACGGAUGCCGUUAUGACAACAUUUUACACGUAUCCGAGCGUUUCCUACGCCGGAAAUCUCGUACAACAAGUUAUAAUAGAAGAAGGAAGUUCCGAAGAGAGUCAAGAACAGUGCCCUACGAGAAAGUUAGACGUCAUAUUGGAAGAAAGUAGCGAUUUGAGCGAUGCUUCCGAUAAAAAAACUAAAAUGACAACCGGCGGCAUGAACGCACACCUCCACGUUUCCGAACGUGGUCCUUACAAAAUUUAUCCGUUAAAAGAAGAGAGUAGUGACGUGAGCGACGCGACAUUCGACGAUUCGACGGAUUUUCAAACGACAAACAAAGGAAACGUAUUGAAAAUGAAUGGCGGAGAAAGUAAAUCGGAAGAUAGUUACGAAAUUAGUCAAACGGAAACGUCGUUUGAAAUCUCCGAAGAUCCUUCCUAUCCCGAACCCGUGACAACUUACUAUAAGGGGGCGGUUGAAAAAGAGGAAAAAAGAAUCGGGGAAGGAUUUUACACGAUUAAAAAAUGUCCCAAUAGUUAUAAAUAUUACGAAGAAGAAUCCGAAAGUUGGAGAAGUAGCAUCGAACCGGAAACGACGUGUAACGAAUCGGAUGCGGAUGUCGAAAGCGAAUUGGAUAGUCAAAGGACGCCGAGUACGAACGAGUGGAAUAAUAAAUUCAAAACGUCUCGUAAAUUUUAUUCGGAAAAUUUUAACGAGGAUUUGAAAAAUUUUAUAAAAACGGACACGCUUUCAUCGGAUCCCUCUAACAUAUGCGGUCCCAUUUACGAAAAUGUUUCGAUAGUCAUCGAUAAAAAUAAAACGAAAGACGAAUCGUUGUUGUCUUCUGUCACGUCAAACGACAAUUUUUUGGCAUCUUACGAUUCGACGGGAAACGAAAAUUUCUUACGGAAAAGGUUCGAAAAUAACGGAAAUAAAAUACAAAAUAAUUUAUUGAAACAUCGAAUCGAAGCGAUUAAAAACGACAUGGAGAAAAUAUUGUUAUCGAAAGCAAAAGUUAUCGAUUCGCGGGACGAGAUUAAUCUCGAUAGAAAUUCAUGGACUUCUCUAUUGAACACGACGGAAAAACAAUUGAACGAAUCACGUGGGGUACCAUUAAAAAAUUUUACAGGUUUCGUCGACGACGGUGAAAAAUCAGACGUGACGACCGUUAAAAACGAUGAUAACAAUGUUAUUAUUAUUAAUAAUUCAUGUUCUUUUUCUCAGAAUCCGGAAGCUCUAUCAAAUUUAGCAGAAAAAAAAAUAUUAACUCUACCAUACGGUAAAUUAAUAUUAAGGAAAAUCGGUUUAGGUAAAUGUUGUUCGAACAACUGUAGAAACAGUAGGGGAGACGUGGAAGAAGACAUGUACGUGAAAAGCAAGCGUCAUUUAAACGAACUAUCGGAUCAUCCGUCGGAUGCAUCCGUACGAAGCCUUCCGACGAGUUUAAUAAAUAGGGAUUCGAUUAACGAGGACGAAAGGGAUUUAAGCUUCGUGGAAUUUGAUUAUGCGGAUGCGAGAAUCGGGCAAAUAGAAAAAUGGUACGGAGCCCGUACCAUGGUUCCGGCUUUGUUUCUCGGUUUGUCUCCGUCUCAAAAAAAAGCCUACGAGGAAAAAGUGAAUAAAUUCAUGACGGAAGAAGUCGAAGCCGCGAGUUUGCUUGACCUUCAUCAAAAAUUUUUACAAAGGAGAAGUUACGACGAAACGAAUUCUCUGACGAGAAAAAAAAAUACCUGUUACGAUUCGAAAACGAAAGAUAAUUCCAUCAUACUCACUCACAUAGGUAAACCGGGUGGAAUGUUUGGAAAAACGGAGAUGGAAUUGAAAAAAAACGAAAAAAUUUGGGACGGAAGAAUGAAAGAGAAAAAAAUGGCGGACAAAGAGAUAAAUUUAUUAAUGCAAUCGUGUAAAGAGUCUGGCCAAAGUCCAGAUGGCAACGAGAAUUUCGUAGUUGAAAAUUGUGAAAAUUUAAACGUGUCGGAUCAUGUUUUAAAAUCGGUCGCACGAAACGACGACAGAGAUCUUUUCUCCUCUGUGAAAAAAAUGAACGCGAAAUCAUGUGAUGUAAAAAACGAAGAGAAAAUAAAUGAAAAGUCAGGAGGAGGAGAAGCCGUUGGCAAGAGUUGUUUGUUGGCAAUACUUCAAAAUGCAACAUCAGACACGUUCGUUCCCGAAUUAACGCUCGCGGAAUCUAGCGUUGAAUCCGCAAGCGAAAUCAACGAGGAUUCAUCAGUGCGCAGUCAAAAAUCCGUGAUAAAUUCUUGGCAUAGCAAUCCGAUAUUCGCAAAUAAGAAUACGAAUGAUGAAAAACACGAAAAUGAAACGGAUGAUUUAUUUGAGGAAGGACCCGGGAAAAGUUUCGAACGGAUUUGGAACAAAGAAAAAAAAAUAAGCGAAUGCGGAGCUUUGGGAGAGAGUCCAACGCGGGUUGCGUAUCGUCCGAAAACAAUUUGCUGCGAAAAGGAAACGGAUGUAGUAUCAUGCGUGAAAGAACCCAUUUUCGAAAAAAAAAUAGCACCGCUCAAAAAUGCCCCGGUUCCGGGAAAACAAUCGAAACCGGAAGAAGGUUCGAUCGUGACGGAAAAUCUACCACCCGUUUCCGACGUUAUAAAAUCAUUCGAAGAACCCAAAUCAUCAACGGUCAAGCCGAAUUCCUCCGAGGAUUUCGCGAGGAAAAAAAGAGAAAUACGAAUCGAUAACGAAAGGUAUCGAAUAUCGAGAAAGGGUGACAUUGCUUUUUUACAAAAUGGCGACGCGCGGUUCAAAAACGGAAAACAACAAAUCGCUAGGAGGGAAAAAAGAAAAUCAAUGCCUGCCUCGUUACUCUCGGAAAAAGAAAUAUUCAAACAAAAAAUGUACAACGAAUACAUGUCGAAAUUGGCGGAAAGAAUUGAGAGGAGACAAAAAAAAGUCAUAAAAGUCUCGCAAUCGAACGAAUUCGAAUUUACGGAUUACUGGAAAGGCGAGAUAUCGAAUCUCGAAAAUGAGGAUUUGAUAUCGUACGGAGAUAAAAUCGGAUUCGAUAAUUAUAAAGAAAAUGGCGGAAACGAAUGUUCUACGAAUUAUAAACGGAACAGCGUUCAACUUAUUUUAGACGACACGAUUGACGUUGAUAAUUUGCCCAAACAUUUAAAAGAACUACUUUUGGUAGAAGAAGAUGAUUUUCCCGAAUUAUUUUACGAAAUCGACGAAAAUUUGAUUUUGAGCAAAGGAUUCUUAUUCGGUAGAGCGAACGGACGGACGGAACGGGAACGUUCGAGAUGUUUUAAGCAAUCAUCGUGA